UCAUUGCGCAUUUUCUUUCAUUCAAACAUUUACUUUAACCUUUUAAUACUAAAAAUCGGUCUGGUUGUGUGUUAAUCUGUUGGUGUGUUGAAAUGAAGAACGGUUAUUCCAAUGACAAAGAAAAGAAGAAAAAGGAGAGCAUCUUUGACUUGUCUAAAUACAUCGACAAGACGAUUCGUGUGAAGUUCCAAGGGGGGAGAGAAGCCAGUGGGGUUCUGAAAGGGUUUGACCCUUUGCUAAACCUGGUGCUGGACGGCACCAUCGAGUAUAUGCGAGAUCCAGAUGACCAGCUGAAGCUAACAGAAGACACCCGGCAGCUUGGGCUGGUGGUCUGCAGAGGAACCUCUGUAGUGCUGAUCUGUCCUCAGGAUGGCAUGGAGGCCAUCCCAAACCCGUUCAUACAGCAGCAGGAUGGCUAGCUCAGACCAGCUACUCGAUGCACAAUUAUAAUUUUUUUUAUUUUUUUAAUCAUCACUGUUCUAGUUCAUACAAAAAGGCUGUUGACUUAAGUUAAAAAUCAGAAUAAAAAUGUAUGUAAUGCACUUCACUUCCACUUUUUGUGAUGUGCUAAUGUUGCACAGCUUUGUUUGUAAAGAGCCCAAAAGUCUGAGGAAGUCAAUGGGACAAUUUUCCUUUUAUUUGUAAUAUCUUUUUACAAAUAUUUGUUUUUGAUAGAAAAUAAAGUGAAAGAUGUAA